AUGUCUUCUCAGCAGAAAGCGCUUCUCCUUCAAUCCAAGCAGGGUGCCUUCGCCAUCGGGACAAUUGACAUACCAGCUCCAGGUGCUGGCGAGUUGCUCGUAAAGAUCGAAUCUACCGCCUUGAACCCUGUCGAAUGGAAGAUACAGGCAUAUGGCAUCCUCGUUACUGAGUACCCGGCCGUCCUUGGAUUUGAUGCCGCAGGUCUAGUUACAGGUAUUGGUGAGGGUGUUUCAGGGUUUGCCAUAGGCGAUAGGGUGUUUUCCCGUGGGCUUUUUAACACCAAUGCGUAUAACACUUUUCAGUAG